AUGACAAUGGACAUCAAACAGUCACGUGUGAAUGUGAAGAUAGCACCACCGAUACCGGAUCAACAGGAUCAGCUGCAUCAACAUGUGAUUACCAAAAUGGCCGACCGGAAACCAGCCACCGGCGCGAAGCGGUCUUUCGAUGUAGCGUUUCUGAUGCUGCCGGACGAGAAGCUAUCGGCAGCUCGCAAUGGAAAAGCCCCCAAACGACAGCUUCCACCUGCUCCAUCGCCUACCAUCGACGUGGAGAGUGAUUCGACCCAGUCGGAGGACCUGUCCCUGAAGGGUGGCUUUAGUCCGGUCAGAUCACCGGAAGUGGAGCGUCAUUUCUCGCUGGAAAUGCUGAAUGCUAGCCGUCAUCGGGCGUUGUUGGUGGAUGGACUGAGUUCGGGCCAUACGACUCCACUCAUCCAUCAUCCCCAGCAGCCUCACACGCAGCAUCCGCCCCUCCACCAUCCCAACAACCACCAACAUCUCCCGCACCCACCUGGGGGAGACGAACGUUUAGCCUAUCUCUUCAACUCCGGGGCCCGGUUCUACGAGCAUCCGUUCGGUGGAUUCGGUCGGAGUGAUUCCGAUACGCAGCGCAGCGCGUUCCAGAAAGUGUCCAGCAUUAUGCCCACCGGUUCUCCACUGCCACCGCUAAGCCCGGAUCGUCACAGCUGCCCUUCGACGAGCCCUCCGAUCUCGAUCAGUCCGUCAGGAUCGCAGACGGGUUCGGUCGGUGGUUUCCGGACGUACGAGUAUGGACCCUUCCUGUCGCCGAGUCCUGGCAGUCCAUCGGCCCCACCACCCGGUCCGGCCCGGUCUGCAUCGCCGGCGGCCAAACCCGCUGGUCCUGCACCACCACUUCCGAUGCUGUACCGCGCGACCGAUCCGAUCGAUCCACCGAUGCCGGGUUCACCGUACUUCCCAGGUGUUCCACCCUUCGCUUUACCACCGUUCGCCGGUGGACCUGCCCCACCGAUGCCGGAAUCCGUCGAUGGUAUCAUCCGUAAUCCGGCGGCAGCAGCCAUUCUCUCCACCUUGCUACCCUCCGCCAUGAGCACCUUCACCCUGUCGGCACAGAACGUUUGUGCCAAGUGCAACAUCAGCUUCCGCAUGACGAGUGAUCUCGUCUACCAUAUGCGUUCGCAUCACAAAAGUGAACACGUGCACGAUCACGCCCGCCGCAAGCGGGAGGACAAGCUGAAGUGUCCGGUGUGCAACGAGAGCUUCCGUGAGCGGCAUCACCUAACGCGUCACAUGACCGCACACCAGGACAAGGCGGGCGAUCUGCUGGAGAAGACGAGCAACGCCGGGAUUGGGAUGAAGGGUGCACCCUCACGCCAUCAGCACCAACACCAGCAGCAGCAUCUUCAUGUCGCUUCCACGGGCCGGCUUGCGUAA